AUGCGACUCUUUGGGGCCAAACUUGCGAUUGCGUACAUGGCUACACUUGCACUGGCUACCGCUGGCUCGACGGCAGGACAAGUGGCCACGUCGGGAGCGCACUGCGACGACCCCGAGGCGGAACCGACUGCUGCUGACUUGCUCGCAUUGGGGUUUGCGCCCGACAACAAGGGCGUUGUUCGCAAGAUGGGUACACCCGACCGAUCCAUGCGCGACAGUCGUCGUCCAGCGUGCAUCGAGGUGGGGCUCUGGUGUCCGUCGAUCGGCAAGACGCUGGCUGCUGACCCCGAGAACGACUGCAAGUUUCCGCCGUGUCCGCAAUAG